GUGUGUGUGUGUGUUUUUAACCUGAGAAAAAGUAAAGGCUGCCUGCCAGUUACAUACACCAUGGUAGAAAUGUAUUUCUCUGCAGAUACAUCUCCAUAAUUUUCUGAAACAACUAGGUGCGGGGAGUCCAGCUCUCUAUUAAUACCUCUCUCAAUUCCUUUUUCUGUGUGUUUCUGUCUCUUGCUUGACAAUUCCUGAAUUCUUGAACUAACCCCCAGAUUUUGUGCUUACAAAGUACAUAGUGGCUCUUGUCAGCUUCUUGAGGUGUGUGGGGGGGAAUUCACCAACUCUAUCCAACUUCUCCAGAGCUGUCAAAUGCAAUUAGAGUAAGUUGAUCAGGGUUUGUUUCCAACUUAUCCUCUCCAGUUGGUCUCCAUUCUUUUCUCCCCACCCUCUUUUUACUAACUCCCCUCCCCCACACCUUCUCUACUGCUCCCCCCACCUCUGAAGACCUCUUCUAUUCAUGUGGCCCUGAACACUGAGUUCACAUUGUCAAACACAGAUUUGCCUGCAAUAGACAACACAGUAGCCUCUUUACACCUCAUCAUCCCAGGCAGCAAUCAUUGUGUCCAAUAAGAUGGGGGACACAGCGCCCCCGCAGGCCCCCGCAGGAGGGCUAGGGGGGCCUUCUGGGGCGGGGCUCCUAGGAGGGGGCUCAGUCACCCCCAGGGUGCACAGUGCUAUCGUGGAGCGCCUGCGGGCUCGGAUUGCUGUCUGCCGCCAGCACCACCUGAGCUGUGAAGGACGCUAUGAACGUGGUAGGGCCGAGAGCUCAGACCGUGAAAGGGAGAGCACCUUGCAGCUCUUGAGCCUUGUACAGCAUGGCCAGGGAGCAAGGAAGGCUGGCAAACACACCAAGGCCAAUGCCACCGCUGCCACCACUUCAGCCCCUCCACCGCCCCCUGCUGCCCCUCCUACGGCUUCCCAAGCAGCAGCAACAGCAGCCCCACCGCCCCCACCAGACUAUCACCAUCACCACCAGCAGCAUCUGUUGAACAGUAGCAAUAAUGGUGGCGGUGGUAGGAUAAAUGGAGAGCAGCAGCCACCAGCUUCAACCCCAGGGGACCAGAGGAACUCAGCCCUGAUUGCGAACAAAGUAAUAAAGGGAGAGUUCUUAUGUAUUCAGGACCUCACCACUUCUGUCAAGUAAAUAUAAGAUCUCACAAAGGCACAGAGUUCAAGUGGAGAGAAGUUGGUA